GGAUGGCAUUUUGCUAGCUUUGCUCGAGAAGGAGCUGCAACGCGCCGAUUCCGAAAUACCACGAUUCAUAUUCGACCGAGAUGAAGCUACAUGAGCGCAGACCGAAGCUAUCGCAACUGACUUGCCGCCAAUUGACUGGGUAUAAGCAUUGAUGAAGCGCGCCGACGAAUGCAAGCUCAACCGGGAAUGCGAGGCCUCAUGGAAUGGAGAAAUCCACGCUCCGAUCCUCGAGCAGGCCUUCCGAAUUAACCGAUUUGUAAGUAAUGGACCAGUCGACUUUCGGUAUACUCAAGCCGCGCAGAUUAUCCAUGCCUAUAAACCUUGAGAAGCGCUAUCCAAGAUAGUAGACUUCUAUGUCUUUUACCAACCUGGAAAGGGAAGCGCAGAGGAAUAAGCCAUCAAAGACAUCUGCCAAACACAACCAGCUCAAUCGAUCAAUCACACCAACCUAGGGGACCUCUACAAACAACCAAUCGCGCUCUCCAUCGAGACUAAGCGUCCUAAUAUAGAACGCGACAAUGCAAUAUUGCAGAUAGGAACCUGGCAAUCUACCCAGUGGCGCAGUCUUCGAUAUAAUUGCAGGCAAUUGUUGCGAUGUAUUGAGUUCCUCCCGGGCAUUAUCGUUCAGGGAUACGACUGGCAGUUUGUUGCGAGCAUCUUGGACGAGAAUGGCAAGUCGGUGCUGUUGAAGGGGGUUCGGCUUGGCGGGACGGAGUCAGAGCUGGCGAUUUAUUUAUUGCUCUUAGGGCUGCGGCGGCUGCGGCGGUGGAUUUUGGAGGAUUACUGGCCGACGUUUGUUUCGGAUGUUUUG